AUGGACCCCUCCACCAAUUCUUCACUCAACGGCGCGCAGCAUGCAAAAGGUCAAUCGUACGGCUUACUCGACGGCAUCCAGGCGUAUGCGGGCCCCGAUAGUCUGCAAAAUGGAGAAGAUUUGUCUCGUUUCUUUGACCCCGAGCUGUUCGAUUCCACCACCCUUGGCAGCAGUUAUGUCCAGCCCUCGUUGUCAAUGUCACAGGACUACGAUCCCAACGCCGGUCGACAGUCGGGAACACCAGAUGUACAACAGUACAAUGUUCCCCAGCGAGCCUUCUCCCACCAUCAGUUCCCUCAGCCAUUCUACGACUCGCGCCAGAUGAGCCAACCCAACUACGACCCUCGAUUCUAUCCGCGACCCUCUCCUUCACCCGUGGGGUUUGAUAGCGGUUAUUCAUAUCAGUCUCGGAUAGGCUACCCAAACCAGCAGUUCGGCGGCCAUCAGCUGAACAUGCAACGACUUACUCCUACCCCUUCGCAGAAUUAUCCUUCCAGACAGCAACAACCACAACAACAACAACCGCAGCCACAACAUUCAACCUUUGUCAACAUUGGUCCACGACCUACACAACUGUCACACGGCCAGAGCAAUGACAUGAUGCGCUUCGGGGCCUUCCAAGAUCAAAACCACCAGUCCUCAAAUCAUUUUGUGGAUCCUUCCCUGUUGAAUGCAACUCAGAUGAUGCAUCCAAAUAGCAACCAUGCCUUCCAGACACAGCAACCUUUCAUAGCAGCUUCGUAUUUCAAGACUGGUUCAACAGUGGAUCCGAGAUCAUUGCAAGAAGGUCAGCCGAUGCAGGCGAUGCCGCCGGCCCCGUCACAAACACCACGCUCAGGUACUGAAAUUAAUUCACCUCAUCAGCGAGAGCUAACGUGGGCAGGGGUUGCUAUUCAGCCAAAGCCGGAACAAGAUGCGAGGGCGACAGCUACGAAAGCCCAAGAUGCGCCCAAGAGCAAAAAGGGUCGGCCGAAAAAAGAUGCAUCUGUGAAGCCUGACGGACACCCCUCAGGAUCUGAGACAGAUUCCGAUGACGACUUGGAGAUCGAGGAUGAGGAGCCUCCAGAAAUGACUCCGGCCUUACUGAGCGUAUCCAUGCCAACCGAUGAACGAGGAAAAGCUCUUUAUAAUGCAGUGCAAGCUGUUUGGAGCCCCCGCAACAAAUCGGCUUCUCCUGAGAAGAUCCGUGGUGGCAUUGCUGACUUUGGUGAUGUCGUACGAGGCUUGCGAGACGCUUGGAAAACGAAGAAUGAAAGUCUGAGAAAGGCAGAGCUUCCUGAUUCUCCCACAGCCGCAGAUGCUCCGAGGUUAAAGGAAGAAGUUGCGCGCUAUCGCCAAGUCAUGGAAAAUGUCAUGAUGAGGUCUUUGCUGUAUGGCCAUCCAGCCAUUGUCAAUAGACUAGGUGAAAACCAGUUCACAAUGUCAGCCUUGUACUCGUUCAUGCUCGACAGAUUCAACGCAGCCGAUUACGAUAGUGCUCUUGUCAGCUCUAUCCUCAAGUUUGUUGUCAAGUUUGGCACGCUUGAUACGGAAAUGUUAGAGAUGACGAAGCUGUCAAAAAUCUUGCAGCGUCUGACCAAGAAAGCCACGAGUGAAGUCAAGACGCUGGCACAGACUGUCCUUGACAAUGCUGUCGCGGCUACGGCGAAGAAGACUUCCACCACUCAUGACAAGAAAGCCGACAAGCCAACGUCGCCUAAAUCUGUUGGGAGUCCAGCAGAUGGGACACGAAAGGACGCUGCGACCGGGGUCAAGCGUCUCCGAGAAGGCGAUGCGUCUGCUCAGCCGGCUGUGAAAAAGCAUCCCAGAUUGAUCCCGCAGUCCUCGAAACCCCUAGCUCUUCAAAAUGCCGAACGUCGAAAGGCGUUGGAAGCAGCACACGCGGCAAAAGCCGGAGAGAAAGCAACCUCUGCGCCAGCGGGAGCAACAGCCAAUCCGGCAGCGAAAGCGAAAGUGGCCGUAGCUGCCCCUCCGAAAUCAUCGAUCUUUGCGGCUUUAGCAUCGGCUCCUAAAAAGCCAGGCACCUCAAACGCAGAACGAGCCGCUGCAGCUGCUAAAGAGAAGGCUGCCUCAACGGCAUCUCCUUCCCCUGCUCUUGCUCAGACAACGAAGAAGUUAAACACAGGCAAAGACUCACCACCGCGAAAUGGCGGCUCCGCUCCCGUCACAAAGGCUGCGACCUCGUCGUCCUUUUUGGGUUUGCUGGCUGACAUGGAGAAAAAGCCCGAGAAAGAGGCAAAGAAGGAAGACGAAAUCCCGAAUGAGACCGAGGAGCAAAAGGCCAAGAGACUGAGGAAGGAGACUCGUCGGAAGCUUCGGGUCACCUGGAAGGCAGAUGCAGAGCUCGUGGAGACUCGCCUGUUCACCCAUGAUCCUGACGAAGAGCUUGACCAUGGCGACCGUCUAAAACGCGACGCUGGGGACACCGGUCGUGAAGGCGAAGCGCUCAAACUUCACAAGAAUCUGGACGAUGACGAUGACGAAGAAGAUGAAGAUUCUUUCGAAGAAUUUGAGCCGUUUGUGCCGCCAUCCGAGGUGGACUUUAGUUACCUUGAAGACGCUUCGCUUGGCGGCGAUUCACCACACAAAAUCAAUUCACCCAAGUUCGGCGGGACUAUGAAACCCUCCAGCCCUAGCAGUGAAGCGCAGAAUAAGUACGAGCAAGAUACACUCAUGGCACUCUACACUUCCAAGGCUGAGCGUCCGCCGACUCCAAAGGAGCCAGAUGAAACCAAGGAGGAUGAAGGCGAUUUUGAGCCUGCCGAACCUGACACGCCUUUUGGAGAACCCGGCGAGAAGACACGGCAACGGGAGAAGGAGUAUCUGGCACGACAAGUCCGAACGCAACCUGCCACAGAUCUUGCGGCUCAGAUCCAAGCCAUGUCUGCCCCACAGAUGUCUCAACAACAGCCAGGAGCCAUUCCGCUGGAGCUCCAACGUGCCUUGAGCAUGUUGGGUCGGUCGAGUCAACCGACAACUGCGCCGCAAGCUGCACCUGGUGCGAACGUGGAUUUGCAAGCAAUUCUUCAGACAGUCCUCGGCAAUCAAUCGCAGGGUCAAAAUCAACACCCUCAAUACCCAGCCGCUAGCCAGGCGGCGACCCUGGGACCAAAUCUAGGGGCACUCUGGGCUUCGAUGCAACAAGGCGCUCAAGCCGGAACAUCUACCAAUGCGCUCCCUCUGGGCUUGGCUGGAAACCCUAACCCUUACGUUGCUAACCUCGACGACGCUUCACGCAAACACGGCCGGAGCGACUCAAAUGACAACGACAAUGACUAUGGCAGAAAAGGUGGGAUCAAGAAGAAAAAGGGGGAACCAAAACCAUACCUUUACAAGACGCAAUCGUGCUCCUUCUGGGAGCAAGGUAAAUGUCUAAAGGGCGACGCUUGCACGUAUCGUCACGGUGAUGAAGAUGAUCGCUGA